GUGGAGAAGACAGUGCAGGACCUGAUGAAUCUGAUGCACGACCUGAGCGCGUACUCGGACCAAUUCCUGCACAUGGUGUGCGUGAAGCUGCAGGAGUACAAGGACACCUGCACCCUGGCCUACAGGAGCAUCGUGCAGUCGGACGAGAAGCUGGUGAUCAGCGCCUCGUGGGCCAAGGACGACGACAUCAGCCGGCUGCUGAAAUCGCUGCCCAACUGGAGCGCCAUGGCCCAGCCCAARCAGCUGCGGCCCAAGAGAGAGGAGGAGGAGGAUUUUAUCCGGGCCGCUUUCGGCAAAGAAUCCGAGGUUCUGAUCGGCAAUUUGGGCGACAAACUGAUCCCACACCAGGAGAUCCUGCGCGACGUCAGCGACCUCAAGGCCUUGGCCAACCUGCACGAGAGCCUGGAGUGGCUGGCGGGGCGAACCAAAGCUGCCCUGUCCAGCCUGGCCACGGCCCCAACCACGUCCCCAGGACAGGAGAGCCACAGCAGCUUGGAGCAGCUCCCAGCGUCGGAACAGAUCCUACAGAGCCUCAGUGAGCUGGGCAGGUCCUUCCAGGAGAUGGCGGAACGCUGCCUGUUGGUGCUGCACCUGGAAGUCAG